UCCAGGUAGUACCCCCAUGCACACCUCGUCCUCCGGCAGUUCCCUGGACAGAGGGUCGACCGGCAGGAGAAUCCAGCGCUCCCCCGAUCAGUUCCAGCCCCCAGACAGAGCCCCGGUUCGUAAGGACUGGGUCCCAGACAACCAGCAGCAUGUCUGCAUGGUCUGCCAGCGAGAACGCUUCACCAUGUUCAACAGGCGUCACCACUGCAGGAGGUGUGGUCGUCUGGUGUGCCAUGCCUGCUCCGACCACAAGAUGGCGGUAGAGGGCUGCACUGAGGAGGAGGAGAAUGAAGUGCGCGUGUGUGACCAGUGUUACAGCUACUUCCAUCCAGAGUAA